AUGACGCGAACUAGCACUCAACAAACCCGAGUAGAACAAGAGACUAGAGACCUCGAAGAUGAAGAGCUCUCCAUUCCCAUCUACUCACCACAACCCUUCCGUCCUCUAGGUCGCCGCGACUCUGGUCUGUGGCCCGACCUUGGACAACAGAACAACUGGAUCGACGAAAGCCGACGACGUAGCGCGGUGUUGACCACGAGAUUCCAGCGGUUGAUGGAAUCACCGCCGGCCUCGACCUUGGUUCAGCGUGCGCGAGGUGCCCUGACAACCUCCCGUCUUGGCAGAUUGACCUCUCGCCGUCUGACUUUCUCGCAAGAAGAUUCCGACGCAGCUCUCGUCGCAGGUGGAGGUGGUAGUAGCGGCACUGCCGGUGCGACCACGACCUCUACUUCUCGCAAGAAAUCCAAGUCGAAAUCAAAACCCAAGCCUGACUCUGAGCCGGAUCCUCCCGAUGACGACGAUAACGGCACUCCACCUGAUCCAGAGAAUCAACUUGGAAAGCCAGGACCCGGUGGUCCCGGUGGUCCAGGUGGUCCCGGGGAUGGUCCAGGUGGAGGAUUGGUGGAUGGCCGUACCCUCACCGUUGUACUGCAAGAUCCAAGUGGACCUCAUCAAGCUCGCCUAUGGGAUAAGGAGAAGCGCCAUACUCUCCGUGAUGAUGUUAGACAGACCUUUGUUAGAGCUGCCACAGCUCCUAUUCUGGGAAAGCAUGUCAAACUGGCCAAACAGUCCCUCCAGACUGAUGUCCAUGGCAUACUUGAGCAAGUCCAGAAUCUAAAGGGCAUGCUCAAGACUCUCAGGAUGCACAUGGAGCAAUAUGACAUCAUUGAUGUUUGCAACAUUAUGACUCCUGCAACUAAUUUUGCCUACACUCCCAUGAUUGAGCAGCAGUAUGAUCUCCUCUCAGACUAUGCCAGGAUGACUCCCCACAUGGUGGGAGAAUCCAACUACUUUUACAACCGGUACAUUCAGGAGCCCUAUGUCCGAGAGAACAUGACCCUCGUGUACUCUCUUCUCAAGGCCAACACCGAAGAAUCCCUUUGGAAUAAAUGCCUUGAGACCUAUGAGACCUUUGAUCCUUACCAACAAAGUGGACCCCUGAUGUUUGAUCCUUUCAUCUUUCAUCGUAUCCAAGACUCCUCUGAGGCUGCUAUUCUUCGAGUGCGCGGUUCCCUCAAGAAGUUGAAGAUCCGAGAUCUAGAGGGAGAGAGUGUGGAUACCGCUGUAACUCUCAUCAAGACUGUCACUGAUCUGUUGACCAGCAAUGCCAGGGAAGGCAAGAGCUUUAUCCCUGAUGACUACACUGAGACUGUCUUGGACAUCUUCCAGUCCUCGAGUAACUCUCAGUUCAACAAGACCUUCAAAGACGUGAAGGAUGCAGCCCUCGCAGAAUCAGAUCGAACCUCUAAGCUUCCAGUUUACCCUUCCAUAUCUGAAUUGUGUGAUCAAGCUGCCAACAUGUACAACCGCCUGGCUCGCCAGCCAGAUGGUUGGGUCAAAUCUAGCAAGAAGAAAGCCAGUGGCUUCCAAGCUCAAGCAAACACCAACUCUCGAGGAGGUGGAGGCCCUCCUCUCAAAUGUUGGAACUGUGGUUCUCCUGACCACAUGAUGCCUAAGUGUCCCAAGCCCAAGGAUGAAUCCCGUAUUGCCAAAGCUCGCAAGGCCUUCUUGGAUGCUAAGAAGAAGUCGGGAAAUUCCUCCAAGGACAAGCACUCAAGGCUUACCAAGAUGUCAGAAGAUGGAAAGCCUCUCAUUCAGAAUAAGCAUGGCCAGUUCGUUCUCAACCAGAAGGUUUGGAAGGAGAUGCAAACGGACCGAGCCAUGAUGGGUGUGAUUUGUGACCACUAUCGCAAUAGUGCUGGUGGGUCGCAAACCAAUGAGGGAGCCUCCAGCUCUCCACCCACAGAUGAUACCUCCUCUGGCAACGCAGACCAGUCUGCUUCCGCUCAGACUGACUCUGCAAGCAGGACAGUCUCCAUCCAUGAUGCCGUGAAUUACAUGACUAAUCGAUGGAACACUGCUGCUUCUCAUAUGAGCAAUUGA